AUGGCUGUAAACAAUUACACUAUGGCAACCGAAUUCAUCCUUCUUGGACUAGCAGAUCAGCUGGAGCUUCAAGUCUCUCUCUUUGUGAUAUUCCUGCUGAUCUAUGUUCUGACAUUUGCUGGGAAUGUGGGGAUGAUUGUACUGAUCAAGAUUAGUCCCCGGCUUCACACCCCUAUGUACUUCUUCCUUAGCAAUCUGUCUGUGGUUGAUCUCUGCUAUUCUUCAGUCUUUGCCCCAAGGGUGUUGAUGAAUUUAGCACAGUCUAAAAACAUUUCUUAUGCAGGUUGCAUCACUCAGCAUUGCUUCUUUGUAGUGUUUGUGAGUACUGAAAGCUUCCUUUUAGCUGCAAUGGCAUAUGACCGUUAUGUGGCCAUAUGUAAUCCCCUACUCUAUACUGCUAUCAUGACCAAAAGUGUCUGUAUUUACUUAGUAGCAGGGUCAUACUUUGGGGGGCUAUUGAAUUCUAUCGCACACACAUCUGGCUUGCUGAGACUGUCAUUCUGUGCCCCUAGUAUAGUCAACCACUUUUUUUGUGAUACACCAGCUAUGUUGAAAGUUGCAUGCUCGGAUAUCCAUAUUAAUGAACUUUUGUUAGUCACUUUCUCUGGGGGAAUUGCUCUUUCUACGCUCCUGAUGGUUGUCAUCUCCUACCUGUGCAUCCUCUGCUCUGUCAUUAAGAUGGACUCUUUUGAGGGCAAAAUCAAAGUCUUCUCCACCUGUGCCUCCCAUCUGACAGCUGUGGCCUUGUUCUAUGGACCAGUAAGCUUAAGUCACUUGCAACCCAGUUCCAUGUAUUCUCAGGAGAAAGAGAAGAUCUCAGCUGUGUUCUACACUUUGGUGGUCCCAAUGCUGAACCCAUUAAUCUACAGCCUGAGAAACAAAGAGGUAAAGGAUGCCUUGAAACAAGUGAUCAAUUGUCAAAAUUAA